AUAGACCAAAAUCACCGACCAGUAACCCCAAGCCGCCCGACAACCUUAUUUCAGACGCUGAAACUGCGCGUGCCAUUCACGCGCCACCUUGUUCUGUCAGCAUGGAAAUAGAAGCUAAAGAGAGGAUUUUUCAUACUUUUUCAGAGUUCAUGAUUAGGAUUACUAAAUUUGAUGAAUUAGCAGAAGUGGGACGUAGAUUACUAGUUGGAUUUCAGCACGGAAUUGCAUAUCUGCGGCGCCAGCCGAUUGAAAAGAACACUGAAUUGGUCGAGCACGUUAUUAAAGAUAAUGAAAGCAAGAGACUUUCCUCUUACAUAGAAGCUGGAUGUCUGAAUGCUCAUGAUUCUGUGCAUAAUAUGUCCAAGUUACAUACAUGCCACCUUGGACUUCAGGAUCACGUAAACAAAGCAAAGUAUGCAGUCGAUGAACUUGCACGUCUCUUAGAGGAUGCGGAAGCUGCAUUGCAAUCGAUAAAUUGCAGUUUGGCUCAAAUGGGAGAACUAAAUGUCGACAAUGACACAGAUUCAUUGAAAAACUCUCAAGGAGAAGCGUCGUCUGUUGCUCCUGUUGAACAUGAAAUCACUGAUAUUGCAAUACUAAUGGCAGCGGUAUACUCCAUGGUAAAAAGUGACUACACAAUGCAGCAGGAAAAGAUUGUUUCUUCACUUAACCUUGCUUCACCUUCUGAAGAAUUGGAGAGCUACUCCAGCAUGUGGUCGUUGCGCCCUUACAUAGACGAUGAAAUCAUGCACAAAGCCUGGAAACUUGUACGCUAACUCGUUCUAUCGAUAUCAGAAAACGCUGUACCUUAGCAUAAUUUGUUUGAAUAGCCAUUUGCGACACGAAAAAAGGACAGAAGAAAGGUGAAAAGUACUGGAAGUUAUAGGAGUUUGGGAGGUGAAGAAGACAAUGGCAUUGUAGAUUUAGUAUUGUUUAGGUUCAAAUACAUUGACUGCUAAAUUCUGCACAUUUACUUCUUUGUUUCGGAAUUUACAUUAUUUUUAUGUUGGUCCUGAGCCAGGGUCCAUCGGAAACAAUCUUUCUACUUCUUCGGAGGUAGUGGUAUGGACUGCGUACAUUUUACCCUCUCCA